UGGGUGCGCACGCAGCGUUUUGUCCGUUGACCGGGCGGGCGGGCGCCUGCCGCGGAGAUGCCCACUAGCAGGGAGAGCGUUAUGUCGUGCCCGACCGACGCUCACCACCAGGUCCGCAUGAAAGCCUAUUACAAAGGGGACAUCAUGAUCACCCACUUUGAUCCUGCCAUCACAUAUGAAAAUCUUUGCACUGAAGUUCGUGACAUGUGCUGCUUUGACAAUGAACAGCUCUUCACAAUGAAGUGGAUUGACGAAGAAGGCGAUCCUUGUACUGUCUCAUCUCAGCUGGAGCUGGAAGAAGCUUUUCGCCUCUAUGAGCUGAAUAAGGACUCGGAAUUGAUCAUUCACGUGUUUCCCUGCAUCCCAGAACGGCCAGGCAUGCCUUGUCCAGGUGAAGAUAAAUCAAUAUACAGACGAGGUGCUCGUCGCUGGAGAAAGCUGUACUGUGUAAAUGGACAUACUUUCCAAGCCAAAAGAUUCAACAGACGUGCACAUUGUGCUUUUUGUACUGAUCGGAUCUGGGGCCUAGGUCGUCAGGGCUAUAAAUGCAUCAACUGUAAGCUUCUGGUCCAUAAGAAAUGUCACAAGCUGGUCACAAUUGAAUGUGGACGCCACACUAUAAGCUCACAUCCUCCUCAUUAUCCUUGGGGCAGUGGUGAUCAGGAUCAUAUGAUUCCAAGUACAGAGAAUGCAGAAAACAUCGUACCAGUUAUUCCAUACAAAUCCUCCAGCCAAGAAAACCUGGAUCAUGUUGGCGAGGAGAAAGAGGCCAUGAGCAGCAGGGAAAGUGGGAAAGCUCCCUCCAGUUUGGGUGUUGCUGACUUCGAUUUAAUCCGUGUGAUUGGGAGAGGCAGCUAUGCUAAAGUUCUUCUUGUCCGAUUGAAAAAGACAGAGCGCAUUUAUGCAAUGAAAGUUGUGAAAAAGGAGCUGGUUAACGAUGAUGAGGAUAUAGAUUGGGUGCAGACAGAAAAGCAUGUGUUUGAGCAGGCAUCAAAUCACCCUUUUCUGGUAGGACUGCAUUCUUGCUUCCAGACUGAGAGCAGGCUGUUUUUUGUCAUAGAAUAUGUGAACGGUGGAGAUCUGAUGUUUCAUAUGCAGAGGCAACGAAAGCUUCCAGAAGAGCAUGCCAGAUUUUACUCUUCAGAGAUCAGUCUGGCGUUAAACUACCUUCAUGAACAUGGGAUAAUUUACAGAGAUUUGAAACUUGACAAUGUCCUGCUGGAUUCUGAAGGACACAUAAAACUCACAGACUAUGGAAUGUGUAAGGAAGGCUUGAGGCCUGGAGAUACAACCAGCACAUUCUGUGGUACACCCAAUUAUAUUGCUCCAGAGAUCCUACGAGGCGAAGAUUAUGGUUUCAGUGUGGAUUGGUGGGCACUGGGAGUGUUGAUGUUUGAAAUGAUGGCAGGACGAUCGCCAUUUGAUAUAGUGGGGAGCUCCGACAAUCCAGAUCAGAACACAGAGGACUACCUCUUCCAAGUCAUUUUGGAAAAACAAAUACGAAUUCCACGCUCGCUCUCUGUCAAAGCUGCAAGUGUAUUAAAGGGAUUUCUCAAUAAGGAUCCCGCAGAACGACUCGGAUGUCACCCACAGACAGGAUUUGCAGAUAUUCAGGGAAAUUCUUUCUUCCGCAAUGUAGACUGGGACUUGAUGGAACAAAGACAGAUCAUUCCACCUUUCAAGCCACACAUCUCUGGUGAAUAUGGACUUGACAACUUUGAUUCACAGUUUACGAAUGAACCAGUCCAGCUCACUCCAGAUGAUGAUGAUGCUGUCAAGAAAAUUGACCAGUCAGAAUUUGAAGGCUUCGAAUACAUCAAUCCCCUCCUGAUGUCAGCUGAAGAGUGUGUCUGAGUUGCUGACGUCUGUGCAUUCUGGCCAGUGCCUCCAACCUUGCAUGUGGAAGAGCAGAAAACAACAAAUGCCUUGCUUUAACAGCCAAAACCUUUCCCCUCUGCAGCUGAUGGUUUGUGAAUUCUCAUCCGAACCCUUGUCCAAAAACUAGGGAUGAGUACCUCUUUUUCUCCCAACAUAGCCAUAAGCUGUAGAAUAAUUGUCUGAGAGCUCGUCCUCUGCAGUUGGGAGUCAACCUUUCUCUUCCCCAUUAUUCCCAGUUGACUCUAAAUCAGUCGACAGAAUAAUUUGUGUGGGGAGAGCAAAUGAUACUUUUUAGCUAUGAACGUGUGUUGUAAACCAUUGCUGGGGACACCUGUAUGGAAAGUUCACUUUUAUCUUUCUGGUGUUAAACAAAACCUUACAGGCUUGUCUUAAAGGUCUUGCUUGCUCUCUUCCAAACCCCCUCUCCCCCCCCCACCCCCCAACGCCUCCACCUGCCUAUUGUCAGUGGUAUUGCUCAGGGAGAUGGCAGCUGUGGCUUUGACUAAAAUGCUUCUGCUGGUACAGCAUUGCUCUUAUUUACUGGUGGGAAAAUUAUGUCUGACGUUAGGAGGAGGAAAGCAUUUUAGAGCAUUCUUCUGCCUUCUGGCAUGAUGCCAGCAGGCUGUGUACAGAAAUACAGCCUAAUUUCCACUAAUUGGGUCAGUCAAUUUAUUUAGUCAAUUGUUAGAUGUUAAGUUAUCACAUUUUUGGGGAGCACAGAUUAACAGUACAAAAGAAAAAGUGCACAAACAUACUGUGACUAUAAGUGUCUGUACUGCUGUGAAAGGUGUCUUUUUUCAUUUGAAUAUAAAAUUGUAUUCUAUACCAUA